AUGCACGAUGCCCGCAAGAUCAAGGUCAGCGUACUGGGCGCGACCGGCACCAUAGGCCAACGGUUUAUCUCCCUCCUGUCCGAGCACCCGUUCUUUGCCCUACAUGCGUUAGGCGCGUCCCACAGAUCUGCGGGCAAACCAUAUUCUCAUGCGGUGACAUGGAAGCAGACAAGGCCCAUCCCAUCAGUAGUGCGCGACAUGGUGGUCGAGGAGUGUAAACCUGAGUGUUUUGCCGAGUGCGAGGUCAUCUUCUCUGGUUUGGAUGCCGAUGUAGCGGGCCCGAAUCGCCGAUUGGAGGCCUUCCGCAGUGCAGAGUUUGCUGUCUUCUCGAAUGCAAAAUGCCACAGACGGGAUCCGAAUGUCCCUCUGGUUGUGCCCCUGGUCCAUUCAUCUCACUUUGCCAUGAUUCCCCAGCAGCGCGCUCUGCAUUCGCCUCCUCUUCAAAAAGGCUUCAUCGUCACGAACGCCAACUGCUCCACCACCGGCGUCGUUGUCCCUCUCGCCGCUCUCGAGAGGGCGUUCGGGCCCAUCGACUUCGACAUACUCGACAACGUCGUUCCAUACAUUGGCGGUGAGGAGGAGAAGAUGGAGUGGGAGACCCUCAAGAUCCUCGGUGGAAUCUCCGAGUCAGACGAUGGCGUCAGAUCGUUCGACAUGCGCGCGCGGCAUCCUUUGCGCAUCUCUGCUCAGUGCAAUCGAGUACCUGUCAUCGAGGGCCACACUGAAUGCAUGUCUGUGCGCUUCGUGCGGAGACUGCCACCUAGCCCACAGCAGGUGCGCGAGGCUCUCGUCUCAUUCACGUCCGAUGCAUGGACGGCAUCGUGUCCCUCCGCCCCGCGCCACACUAUCUUCGUGCACGAAGAGCCGGACAGACCGCAACCUAGACUAGAUUGCGACUACCAGGCUGGCGCGGGCAUCUCUGUGGGCCACGUCCGACAGUGCCAAGUGCUCGACAUCAAGUUCGUCGUCCUCGCGAACAAUGUCACCAUUGGAGCGGCCACGAGCAGCAUCAUCAAUGCCGAGCUCGCAGUCAGUGAAGGAAUCAUCUGAAUGGUCGCGCAAGGUGUCAAGGUGGACGAAGAUAUAUGUAUAGUGAAUUUGAGAA